AUGAAUAGUAGUACUGGUGAUUCGGAUGGUGGACUUGUUCAACUGCCGCCAAUGUAUGUAAAAUCAGAAAAAUCCACGUGUACGAUUUGCUGUGAAGAAGGUGAUGGUUAUCAUUUUGGAGCUGAAGCUUGUCGCGCCUGCGCCGCAUUUUUUCGAAGAAGUGUUUCAUUGGGAAAGAAAUAUGUUUGUCGGGCUGAUGGAAAGUGUCAAAUUACAGCAAGUAAGUUGGAGUAAAAAUUGGAAUUUUUCUGGAAAUUACCUUAAUUAAAAGAAGAUCCACCAGGUCAUGAAUAGGUUAGCUUCUAGAUGCAAAUCACUUAAUUUUCCUAAUAUGAUAUAAAUCUGCAGAUAUUCGAUGUAUGUGUCGCGCUUGUCGAUUUUCGCGAUGUUUGGAAGUUGGCAUGAAUCCAGCCGGAGUUCAACAACGUCGAGAUACAAUUGGAAAACGAGAAACACCAAAAACACCACCAUUACUUCCUAUCAAAGUUGAACCGUUGCCAAUUGGACAUUCACCACUUCUAUCAUCAACAUCUUCAUCUUUUUCAUUACGAGAAGAACCUUCGAGUUCAAGUCCGCUUCAAAUUAAUUUCAAGCCAAGUGAGGAAACGAUGCCAAUUUUAGAGAGAAUGAGACAGAAUUAUGCGAAAAUGGAUAAUGGAAGAUCGAUAAUUCAUCGAAGAGAAGGUGAAAGUUUGUUUGGGGUGAGUUGGAGUUUUUCAUAUCAAAUAAUCGAUUUUCAAUUUCUAGCAACGGAUUCCGAGGAGUGUAAAUUAUAAAGAAGCUGCAACAGUUUCAUCAAAAGAAAUAGCUCUAGUUGUUGAUUGGGUUUCCUGGUGUUUUGAUGAUUUUCAACAAUUAUCAAGUGAACAGAAAAAAGUGUUAUUCAGAAAUUUUUUCAUGGCUUUCACAAUGUUGGAAAGUUCCUAUUUAUGCCAUAUUAACAGUAAGUUAAAAAAUUUGUGAAAUUUUCCUGAUUAAAAUCAGGAAAAAUACAUAAGACUUUUCAGAUCGAGAAGAUGUUAUAAUUUUACCGUCUGGAGAUUAUAUUGACUUGAAUAAUUUGGAAACUUUUUAUCAUGAAACUGGUGUGAAAUUGGAUAGCGUGCAAAAAGUUUCUGCCGAAGAUGCUGCAAAGUUAGUUAAUUAAUUUACAGAUUUUUCAAAUAUUUAAUUCCUUCAGUUAUUCCAGAAUCUUCAAACAAUCAUUCGAAUCGUAUCGAAAUGCAUCGAUUCGCCCAAUGAUUCGAGAAAAAGUUGAUGUUUAUGAAUUUUUCACACUUUGCACUUGUUUAUUUUGGGAUUUUGGAUUAGAUGGACAAGAUGAACAAAGUAUUGAAAUUGGAAGAAUUGUGAAAGAAAAAGUGUUCAAAGAAUUAUCAUUAUAUCUUCGAUUUGUCAAGAAAAGUGAAGAUCCUUCAGUUCGAAUUGGUUCACUUGUUACAUUACUCCCAGGAAUACAGCGAUCUGUUCGAAGAAUUCAAGAAGAUAUUGAAAUUUCAAAUGUUUUUAAUAUUUAUGCACCAUCUGAAGAGUUUUAUAAUAUUAUCAAUGGUAAAUUUAUUUGA